AUGGCCGAGCUGGGGCCCGAGCCGGGCCGCGCCUGGCGGGUGCUGGCCCUGUGCGGGGCCGCGGUGUUCCUGGCGGCCGCGGCGGCCGGGGCGGCCCUGCUGGCCUGGAACCUGGCCUCGGCGGCCUCCCGGGGGCCUCGCUGCCCGGAGCCAGGGGCCAACGCCACGGCGCCCCCCAGGGACCUGGCGCCCGAGGUCGAGGAACUACAGCGGCGGCUGGCCGAGGCUACCCAGCGUGAGGAUGCCCUGGCCAGACGGCUGGACCAGGCCAACCGCGCCCGCGGGGAGCUGGAGGAGGCGCUACGGGCCUGCCAGGGCCGCCAGAGCCGGCUUCAGACGCAACUGAUGACCCUGAAGACUGAGAUUGACGAGGCCAAGGCACAGGGGACCCAGAUGGGGGCUGAGAACGGGGCGCUCACAGAAGCCCUGGCGCGCUGGGAGGCGGCGGCCACGGAGUCUACGCGGCGGUUGGACGAGGCACAGCAGCGCGCACGCGCGGCCGAGGCCGAAGCCGAAGCUUGCGCGGCCCGGGAGGCGGUGCUGCGCGAACGCGCUAAAGCCCUGGAAGCCGAGCUGGGCCCCCAGCGCAGAGUGCCGCGCCCCCGAUCCCGACCCCGACCCCGACCCCGACCCAGCCCCCGCUCGCGCUCUCGCCCGGGACCCUCGGGGGGCUGCCGGCGGCCGGCGCGGCGCGCUCGAGGGUGAGUCGGCGCCCCGCAGGAUGAGGGCUCCAGGCAGGAGGGCACACACUGCGCGGCCCUGCGGGAACCUGUGUGCAGGUGCCCACGCUGGAGGAGAUGGCCGGUCGACACCCGUCAACGCUCAGCUUUACGCCCACUGAAUGGACGCUACGGAAAGGAAGCUCGACCCUCUCUCCCCAACCAUCUUCUGCUUAUUUUACAGACAGGGAAACUGAGGCCCGUUUGAUAACACAAAGAGAUAGUGUUUGGGGGCUUAAGUCCCUUCUAACGACAGUGUUGCUUCAUCCCACAGACAAGAAGACUGAGGGUCCAGCCCUGGCUCAGGAGUGACCUGGAAGGGUCACUUCUCCUCUCUGGGCCUCAGUUUACCUUGUCUGUAAAUGGAAUGUUGGAACCACGUUUAGCGAGCCACCCUACCCUUGACAACAAAAACUAACUGAGAUGGCACAAUGGGAAAACCACAGACCCCUCUUACUAUGCGAAGGGUACGAAACUUCAAAAUGGAAUAUUAGAAAAAAAAAACUAAGUAACGUUUUUAAAUACAUCACAACAAAGGGGACUUAUCCCUGAGAUGCAGGGAUGGCUCAAUAUUCGCAAGUCUGCUAAUAAAAUUCACCAUACUAAUGGAUCAAAUGAGGAAAGUUCUGAAAAGGCCAUCAAAAUAAGGGGCAAGGUGAGGAUGACCACUGUCAAGUAUUUAACAUUGUUCUGGAAGUACUAGCAAAUGCACUUAGCCAAGGGAAAAAAAGAAGCAGUUCGAAUAUCAGGAAAGCAGUAGGGCGUUUAUAGUUUGGAUCAUAUGUAAGCACUGUUUAUAUAGGAAAAAAAAUAGAAAUACCAACAAUUUCAUGUGGCUCAAUUAUGUCUUUUACCUUAUAUUUGACAUAACUUCAGAUUUACAGAAAAGUUGGAAGAUUAGUACAAAGAAUUCUUAGAUACUCUUCCACCACAUUCCACAAAUGUUACCACCUUUGUUUUCUUCUUUCUUUCUUUCUUUCUUUCUUUCUUUCUUUCUCUCUCUCUCUCUCUCUCUCUCUGAACUUUUUAUGAAAAACUUGCAGAAAUGAUGUCUCAUUACCCAUAACACUUCGGUAUGCAUUUCCUAAAAACAAGGACAUUCUCCCACAUAAUCACAGUACAAUUACAAACAUCAGGAAGUGGACAUUGAUAAAACACCAUUAUCUAAUCUACAGACUUUAAUCAGACUUUGCCAACUGUUCUCAUAAUGUCUUUUAUAACAAAAGAAUAUCCUGGCUCACACAUUGUAUUUGUGAAGUCUUUCAUCUCUUUCAAUCUGGAACAUUUCUCAAUCUGUCUUUGCCUCUCAUAAGACUGGCAUUUUUUUUAAAGACCUGGGUCAGUCACUUUUUGGAGUUCAGUUAUUGGAGUCUGUGUUACUUCCGUAAGAUUAGUUUCAGGUUGGCAUUUUAGGCAGGAAAGCCUCAGAAGCAAUUCAACCUAAUAUUAUUAUCUGCUGGUGAUAUGAUCUUAUAUAUAGAAAACCCAAAGAAUUAACCAAAACUUUCCUAGAUCUAUUUCAUAUAGUUAUUUAUACCCAGGAAUAAAUUAAUUUCCUUAUUACAUAAAGAACUCUUAUAAAUUAAUUUUUCAAAAAACA